GACAUUCGCAGCGCGCGCUGUCAGCGUCAUUUACGCGACUAGGGCAGCUCGGACCGGUUCAGGGCAGAAGCGCGCGUGCGUGCGUGCGUCCGUCCGUCCGUCCUCGCACUCUGCUGCUGACAAGGAGGUGAACGCGCUACUGUGUAGGGGAAACACGAGCUGUUUAGUUUAUUUUUUUUCCUACGUGAUAUUUCGGUGUACUGCUUCGCUUUGACGCGGUAAUUCCUUAUAAAGUGUUGGCGACACUCGAGCCGGGACUCGUUUGGAGCGGUUUCUGUUUCGAGACGCGACUACAGACCAACAGAACAAUAGAAGAUUGAACAGAACCAGACUGAACGUCACUCAUUUGAAGUCUGUAGUCUAUCUGAAUUGGCCCAGAACAAUCAUUGCACUGAAGGAAGAAAUCAUCUCUUCAUGUAACGUCAUUGGUUCUGAUGCAUUAAGAAAUAUUCAACUUUCUUGUAUUCAGUGUAUACCCAACUGUCACAAAAUCAGAGUUCUUUUCCUCAUCCCCUUGAAUGUUGAUGGAGUUCUUGCAGGGCAGCGGUGACUACUGCCACGCCCAACAUUGUAACGCUUGAACCCAGGUGACGCUGCCUCGUCUCUGCCUGCUGAACAGAAACACCUUCACUUCACAACCCUGCUUGCUCUGGCUCUAUUCUGACUCCUGAUCUUACCAGACACCAGAUGGGUUAAGGAGAGCAGCUACUCAGGGCUUUUGGACAGUGCUCCACCCUGCUCCGGCCCAUGUCUGAUGCUAAUAGCGUUUCAAAGAAACAGGCCACUGUUUUUAUUCAUACUGAGAGAUAGCAGGAGCUUCCUGAGGUGUUCCUGAGAGUAGCACUGUCAAGCAGACAGGUUGCGAAAGGCUGCUAGUGGGUGUUUUACCCACAGGACGCUGGCUCAGCCCACAUUGUGGCUGGCCCACGGAUAUGGCCAGGAUGAACCGACCGGCUCCCGUUGAAGUCUCCUACAAAAAAAUGCGCUUUCUGAUCACACACAACCCAACCAAUGCCACCCUGAGCUCCUUCAUAGAGGAUCUGAAGAAAUAUGGUGCAACUACAGUGGUGCGAGUGUGUGAAGUAACAUAUGACAAGACACCACUGGAGAAAGAUGGCAUCACAGUGGUGGACUGGCCAUUUGAUGAUGGAGCUCCUCCUCCUACAAAGAUUGUUGAGGACUGGCUUUCAUUACUAAAGAAUAAGUUUUGUGAGGACCCUGGCAGCUGUGUGGCUGUGCACUGUGUGGCGGGACUUGGCCGAGCUCCAGUUCUGGUGGCCCUGGCACUAAUAGAGAGUGGAAUGAAGUAUGAAGAUGCCAUUCAAUUCAUCAGACAAAAACGUCGGGGUGCCAUAAACAGCAAGCAGCUGACCUAUCUAGAGAAGUACAGGCCUAAGCAGAGACUGCGCUUUAAAGACCCACACAACCACAAAAUCAAGUGCUGCCUCAUGUGAGCGAGUCUUAGCCUAACUGCCACUGAAGGAAUUAAUAAAAAAUUUGUGGAUCAAACAGGACUAAUGCCACAAACACGAUUGCUUUUGCAUUUUGAAAGGACUUCCUUCCUUAAUCUAUGUGAGACCCCCAAGUGUAAGGGCUUCGUGAACUCAGGAUCAAGAAAAAUAUCAAAAGGCUUGUCUUUCACAGCCCUAAGUGUCGCAAAAAAUGGUGUUACAUGUAUGUCCACACACAAGCAGUAUAAACCUGCAACCAGCAAGAUCUGCAGCACAAAAUCCAAAGAUAAUCUUCUGCUCCCUUUGGCAGGGUAAACAUGAAUGAUGGAAGAUUGCUCUCAAAAUUGCUUUUUAUCUUUGUAUCUUAUUAACAGUGUACAGCACAACUUAUUUCUUUCCCUCAGUUUUAUGUAAUUUUAUUAUAUAAGACUUGGCUUUCUAGUCCUACUUUUCCAAACAUUAAAAAUGGGUUUGGCAGAGAAUUAUUUCUUAUAUAUAUUUGACAUUGUGAUAUGAACUACUCUGGGAUUACAGCACUGCACCACUAGUACUGUGUGUGAGAAUGAGCUGGAUAGCUGCCUAAUUUUUGGGUAGUUUUCAUUAGCACAUUUUUGUUAAAGUUAGUAUAGAAGAUAUUUAUAACAAACUGGUUGGCAAACAGUUAAGCUCCGUUUCAAACCUGCUUGUGGCUUCGCAUGUUUUUUUUUUUGUUUUUUUUUUAUGUAACAGCUAUGAUGUACUGCAAGUGUCUUUUCAACUUACUGCUCUAUGAUUUGUGCUACCAUGGAAAUAGGAGGCAAAUAAAUUCAGAAAUGUUUAUUGGAAAAAGCCCCUAUAGGGGCUGAAUGAUCCAGGUACCGAAACGUGCUUCAGGUUCUGGAAUAUAAGACUUUUAAAAAAUUUAAAUGGAUAUGUUUUUCUCUCUUCUAAAUCAGAAGCACAUCUGACUUUGUUCACAUCCAUGAAUUUGAAUAUUAAAGCAUUUUUUUAAUGUGA